AUGGUUGAAAUUGUUGACUGUUCGUCUUUAACAGUAAUUCAGAAGCUUGACGAUGUCAAUGAAUGCAUUGUUGAUAAUGGAGGAUGUCAUCACGACUGUGUGAACACAAUCGGAACGUUCUACUGUAGGUGCUGGUCUGGAUUUGAGCUAGAAGAGAAUGGAAAACAUUGUAAAGAUAUCGACGAAUGUGCGAUUUCGAAUGGUGGAUGUUCUCACCGAUGUGUGAAUUCACCAGGCGGUCAUCGUUGUGAGUGUCCGCCAGGCAUGCAAGUGAAUUCUGGUGGCAGAAAAUGCGUAGACUCCAAUAGCUGCGAAGCUGACAAUGGCGGAUGUGACCAAAUUUGUGAAGAGAAACAUGGUCGAUUCUUUCGGUGUAAGUGUAAGCACGGAUAUCGGCUCGGUGACGACAAAAAGAAGUGCCAUCCGAUUGAUCCGUGUCUGGAAAACAAGGGCGGUUGUCAACACCACUGUGUGAACGAGAACGGUCGAGCGAGGUGUCAGUGCUUUGCCGGAUACCGCUUGGGCUAUGAUAGAAAGACCUGCGUCGAUAUCGACGAGUGUAAAUUUCAAAAUGGCGGUGGUUGUCAACAUGAAUGUAUCAACACUUACGGAUCAUACAGGUGUCGCUGUCGUUCCGGCUACACACUGGCCGACGACGGUCGUUCAUGUGAUGAGGAGCUCACAGGAUGCCAAGUAGCCAAUGGCGGUUGUCAGCAUGACUGCUAUGAACAGCCGGAAGGCCACCAUGUAUGCAAAUGCAGGGACGGCUACGAUCUUGCUGCAGAUGGGACGAGUUGUUUUGAUAUAAACGAAUGUUCCGUUGGAAAUGCCGGCUGUUCACAGCUUUGUGUUAACCUUCCUGGUUCUUACGAAUGCCAAUGCAAGUCUGGCUACAUCAUGACCUAUGAUCGAAAGACUUGUGAAGAUAUUAACGAAUGUUUGUCGAAUAACGGUGGGUGCCAUCAUAGAUGCACCAACACUCAAGGCAGCUUCGAAUGCUCGUGUGAGGACGGCUAUCGUCUGGCUGACGACGGUCGCUCGUGCUACGAUGUGAAUGAAUGCCUUGUGAAUAACGGUGGGUGCAGUCAGUUAUGUCGCAAUGAUGAAGGUGGCCGACAUUGUGAGUGUUUCGGAGGUUAUGUGCUGGCGAAUGAUGGCAAGUCCUGUAUGGGUUCAAUCGGUUAUCCCUUAAUCAUUCAGCCAUCUGCUCACAUGACAACUCUAGCUGCGAAUGUCUACCAGGAUUUACCGGCAUUACGUGUGACGAUGUGUGUCCGGACGGAACCUGGGGAGCUGGAUGCAACCAAGUAUGAACGAUACUAUGGCCCAAUGUGCGAGCUGAAGUGUCGUAUGAAAUGCCCUGGUGAUCGUUGUGAUCCUGUGUUCGGAUACUGUGCUUGUGAUGAAGGGUUCUACGGCGAAAAUUGCGACAAGUAA